UCGCAUCACAAUUAGUCUUAAAUCGAUCGCCGGAUCACAUACUGCAGACGUACGUGAAAUCCUCCCUACAGUUUUGGAAUACCGUUUUGUGAUGAUCUGAAAACAGUGAGAGUUAAGUUGGAACUUGUUUUACCAUCUUGAGAAACAGAAUGCCUUCUGCCAGCAAGGACAAAAUGUUUGGCCCAUGGAGUCGUAGUGACAGCAGUGGAAGUAUGUACCUCUCCAACAAUAACAACGCGGAUAAUCUAAUCAAGCUGUACUCAAGAACAGCUCCCACUAGCCCCCGGUGGACUCCGGUGGCAUCGAGACACAACUCACCACCGAUGCCAAGCUCGCCGCUGUCCUCAUCGCCGCCAUCAACACUACGCAGGAAUUACUCCAGCACAUUCAUGCUGAUCCCAGAGGAUCGUGCCGUUGAUCCGGUUUCCGUGGAACCUUUACUGUCGCCCAACAAUGGCCAGCAAGUGCACCACGGCGAUCCAGCUGCUAAGUAUCGUAUCUCGAACAUCAGACUAGUUCUACGCUUGAUCCUGUGGUGGCCACUGCUAAUAAUCGCCAUAGCCCAGAGGGUGCUCCGGAUUCUGAUGCGCCUCUCGUGGCGACCAUUUUUAAUCGCAACUCCAGCUUUUUGGCUUUCCGCUUGUCUCUGGAUGUUCUGGAAGCUCAUUGCUCUCCCACUGGCCUGUCUCAAAUGGAUCCUGGUAGCUCUGCACACUCCGGCACACGAACGCAAUCGGAAGAAGCGGACCAUUUUGAUUAGCUGUGGAAGCACCAUUCAAUCGCUACAUUUGGCCAGAAAUUUCUACAAAUCCGGAGUACGAGUGGUCGUCUUCGAGUUUGAGGGACUAUUUGGGCUCGCCAGGUUCUCAACGGCUGUGAGUAAGUUUUAUACGAUCCAGAAACCCACACCGGAGACGGCCAACGAAUACAUCGCUGCAUUGUGUGAGAUUGUCGAAAAAGAACAGCCCUCCCAUUACAUCCCAGUCUGUGUAACCAGUGCGGCACACUACGACUCUCUGGCCAAACCACACCUGGAACUUCGCGGGUGUUCGAGUUUCAUCCCGGGAGCACAAGAGACUUCAGUGCUGGACGAUAUAUUGCAAGUGAUGAAGAAAUGUGAGUUUAACCAGAUCGCUCUACCGCCUCACCAAGUGAUCUCUUCCAAGGAAGACCUCUAUCGGUUGUACGAAAGCGGUUGGCUGACCGGCUAUCGGAAUGUCAUGGUUUCUUCUGGAAUGCUGGGUAUAUUGGAGCACGCGAAAUAUAUCUUACCGCUGAACCGUCGUGAGUUGAAGUUGAACCAUGAGAUCAGUGAGCUACAGAAGUGGGUUGUCAUAAGAGAUGUGAUUGGGGCACAUUACGUCACUUGCACCACAGUGAAAGACUCUCAGGUGGUUGCGAAUGUGACUUGUGCUAUCCAGAACGACACACGCAGUCUUAUUCCGGAAGAUAACGAAGAAAUAGAGAACUGGUUGAAGGAUUUUUUCCGCAAAAUUCGGCUGCAGCGACCCUUGAAUGGACAUAUUUGUUUCCGGCUGUCAAAGUGUAAUGCCAAUGGAGAGAUUCUACCGCUGGGUAUCCGGGUGGGGGUUUCGCUUCCCUACAUUUGCUACACUGGCGUUCAUUCGCGAGUCAUUUGCAAACCAUGUCCACACUUCAAUCGCCAGAACUCGGGACCACUCGUCCAAGAUGGCGGACGCUACUGGAUCCACGAGACAGUGAUGAAUGCAAUUCGUCGACCGAGCGUAGAUGCCGUCCAGCAGCUGAUCGGAACCGUGAUCGACAAGAAGGAGGCCCUGUUUGUCUAUUGGGAUCCGUUACCCUACUGCGCAUACUAUCACUUCCAGCUGCCGUUCAAUUCGGUCAAAAAUUUCCUCCAUAAGCGUCAGCGGGCGCGAACUAUGCCACAUGCCGCUGCGCCAGUGCAAUGAUCACGAACCGGUGGGAUGAUAGGGCCAGAUGCGGGGGAAUAGUAAUAAGCUGAUAAGCGGGUUCGAGUUUUGUCGAGGAUUUGUGUGCAUACAUUCUUUUUUGUGAUGGAGAGAGAAGCAAUAGACUUGCGAAAAAAUAAAAACCGGUUGUGUGAAUCGACGAAUGAAUGAGUGUGAUUAGGCUUAGAAUCCGGAUUCUAUAGAUUGUGAGGGGUGAGGUGCGGGAAUAUUUGCACUACAUUACUUAGGAUGUAAGAGGGGAAGGGCUCCCGAAUUUUCUGUGUUUGUUGCUGGGCAACAAAAGUCACAGAGAAAUGUGGAUAUUCGAAUACUCAUGAUAGAAAAACAUAUUAUUAUUAUGUAAAAUUAGUUUGUAAUGAUUAAUCGGACAUAUUUGUAUUGUAAAGACAAUAAAGUACAAAUUCAAUAAAACUGUCGAAAGUGAAGAAA